GCACACGGAAGGUGUUUGCGGUGAUUCACAGAGGGGCUGGGCUAUACCAUGGACUCAGCCCAGUGGAUCACUAGACUUACAAGCGUUAGUCAGAAGGUGUCCUGUCCUCUCUCUGACAAUACCCCAUUUGGAACGCAGCCUUCCGAGUGAAGAGGCCUGUCGGACGGUUUCCCUGCAGGUUGAGCUGUGAGCGUUGAUUAGAGCCCAGAUUCCGCUGUCCCUGAGCGCUACAAUGAGGUUGACAGGGCUGAUCCGGAUAGUGACCGUGCUGUUUUCGCUGGGCACCACCUGGCUCUUCGUACAGACGUAUUUCAACACUGGCUGGAAGGUCGUCAGUCUGCGGAGCUGGCUGGGUUCCGAUCCUGACCUGCCCAAGACCCAGCCCCUGCAAAACAAGUGUGGUAAUCACAAAAGUUGUCCCGAAAACACUUUUGCAUUUAAAAUCUCGAGUGGAGCAGCCAAUGUUGUUGGGCCGUCUAUGUGCUUUGAAAAUACGAUUAUCAUGAGUGGCGUGAAGAACAACGUUGGCAGAGGGUUAAACAUCGCACUAGUAAACGGAACAAACGGCCAGCUCAUGAAAACAGACUUCUUCGACAUGUAUUCUGGAGAUAUCAAGCUGCUACUGGACUUCCUGAAAGCCAUCGACAGUGGCACCAUAGUGAUAGUUGCCUCCUACGAUGACCCAGCAACAAAGCUGACCGAUGAAGCGCGGACGUUAUUCACCGACCUGGGAAGUAGCCAUGCGAGCAAGCUGGCCUUCCGAGACAACUGGACUUUCGUAGGCGCGAAAGGGCUCAAGGAUAAAAGCCCCUAUGAACAGCACUUAAAAAAUGAAGCGGCAAAAAACAAAUAUGACGGCUGGCCUGAAGUCCUGGAAAUGGAGGGCUGCGUCCCAAAGAAGAUGGAUUAGCAGUGCGCUGAAGUCAGAACAACGUCCGCAUCGAGCCUUAUUUAACAAUACAUUCCUGUUUGGCUGGCAGAAGGCAUUUCCGACUGAAUCCGGCAUAUGGACUGAUCCCCGCUCCAGGACAGCACCAGCCAACUGGCUGUUUUCAAAUCCUCAGCCAAAUUACACCGGUGUCUGAUUGCUGCUUUAAAACCCUGUAGGCGAUGGUACUACACCGGCUACAAAGCCAUAGCAAAUGUCUACGCUUUCAGCCUGCUGCUCUAUUACAUUACUCAGGCACAUGUUGAGGUGAAGGCAGUAAUGUCAAUAUCAGGCAUUUCAUUUUCCUGUCUGUCUCAAAACAAGAAGUGCACACCACCACUUGGGAAGAAAUUGCUUCAGCUUCUGCUUCUUGAGUUGCUAAAAGUGAUUUUAACAGUUUAAAUCCUCCCACGUUGUUUCCAAGAAAAGAGAUCAGAGACCAGGGGGCUUUUCAGCCUUGCUGACAAAGGCAGAACAAAAUCUAGUGGCUGGAAGUGGAAGUUAGAUCAAUUCAACCUUGAAAUAAGAUGCCGUUUCCUAGCAAGGAGGGGGAUUAAACAUUGGAACAACUUGC